AUGAGUAAGGGUACAUCUUCUAUGGGAAAAAGGGGCAACAAGUCCCAUACCCUCUGUCGUCGUUGUGGAAAGCGCUCUUUCCAUAAGCAAAAGAGCACUUGUGCUUCUUGCGGUUAUCCUUCCGCCAAGACUCGUAGCUUCAACUGGGGUGCCAAGGCUAAGAGAAGAAAAGCCACCGGUACCGGUCGUAUGGAACACAUGAAGAAGGUUCACCGUAGCUUCGUUAACGGAUUCCGUACUGGUGUUAAGCCUGCUACUGGAUCUAAGGUUACCGCCUCUUCUGCUUAA